GUUUCAAAAGGGCCUAUGUGAAUCGUAAAAUGUAACACGUUCGGUUAUCCGUUUACCCAGUGUUCAUAUAUUAAUAUCAAUUUCAUCGUUAUUUGUUUAUAUGAAUCCAAUACUCGCUACAUAUGGUUUAAAUUCAUAUCAAUUAGGAAUUACAUCAUUAUUUUCAAAUGCUUGUUCAUGUAUUUCAAGAAUUAUAUUUGGUAUGAUUGCAGAUCAUACAAAACAUCGUAAUUAUGUUUUAAUGGCUUUAUCAUCUACAUCACUUGGUUUAAUGCUGUUAUUUCUAACAAUACCAAGAAAUAAAGAAUAUUUAUUCAAUGGAAACGUGAAUGAGAAUGGGGAAUUUGUAAUGCAUUUAACACCAUUAUUAAAAAAUGACAGUCAAAGUAAUUAUAUGGAGACACUUUUUAUUGAUGGAUUAAAUAUACCGCCAUGUUGGCCAAUGGUUUUAAAACAGUGUACAUCCAAUGAAAAUCUCAUUAUAUCAGAAAAGAAUUAUUACCUAAAAGCUUUUAAUUCUCACAAAUUAUCAAGAGUUUAUGUUGGAGAUAAAAAUCAUUCAUAUCAUCUGUCAAUACAUGUACAACAGAAGUUCCCAAUUAAUAAAACAAUUCAACUUAGUUGUGUAGAAAUUGAAACAUCGGAUGGAUCUGAUUGUGCGCCACUUGUUUGCGAGCAUAUACAGGAUGCAUCAUGGUCAGUUGUGAUAUUCGUUUUAAUUCUACGCUGUUUAGUUAGCUCAGCUCAUGCACCAAUUUCAAAUCUACUAGAUUCAGUAACAUUUUCAAUACUUGGAUCAGGAAAGGCACAUUUCUACGGUAGAUCAAGAGCACUAGGAUCAUUUGGUUUUAUGAUUGGUUCUCUAUUAACUGGUUUUGCAGUAUAUCAGUAUACACCAAUAAAUUAUCAUCAUACAAUAAAUGAAACAAAUCUGAAUCUUUUAUACUAUACUAAUAAUUCAUUAAAUAUCAACUCAGUGAAUCCGAAUUAUAUACCAGCAAUUAUAAUCGCUUCAUUAUCAGUUGGCAUUGGCACAAUUGCAUCAAUAUUUUGUAACUAUGAUAAUACAAAAUCU